GAGCUAUGUAGACAGCAGUGGUGCGCUGUUUACUGCUGUUUAGUCGGUGUUCAUUCUCUCGUGUUAUCAUAUUGUUUUUGCGUUUCGUCUGUUUACAGCCUGUUACCAGGUUCAGACCUGCUUCCUAUUGAAUCAAGAGUAAUUUUGAAGAAUGGCAACAAACGGUGUAGAGCCUCCAAAGUUGCCAUUUGAUGGCUUCAUAGAUCCUGGUUUACCCAGCAAGUGUACAUGGAAACCUGGUACAACUGAGAAGGAUCCUCACAGUCAUGUUGAACCCCAUGACCGGGCACACAUUCUGCCAAACAUUCUGCAUGCUAUAGGCCGGACUCCUAUGGUGAGGCUGAACAAGAUCCCUCAAGCUGAAGGCAUCAAAUGUGAAAUAUUGGCCAAAUGUGAGUUUCUGAAUCCUGGAGGAAGUGUUAAGGAUCGCAUUGGCUUCCGCAUGGUAGAAGAGGCGGAGAAGGCAGGACGACUGAAACCAGGAUGUACUCUGGUAGAACCAACAUCGGGCAAUACGGGACUGGGUGUGGCCAUGGCGGCUGCCGUUAAGGGCUAUCGCUGCAUCAUCGUUAUGUCCCAGAAGAUGUCAAACGAGAAGGUGUAUGCAUUGAAAGCCCUUGGAGCAGAGGUAGUUCGUACACCCAUAUCUGCAGGGUCAUACGCUCCAGAUGGACUUAUGGCUAAGGCACAGAUGCUGGUCAAAGAAAUCCCUGGUGCUGUUUUAUUGGACCAGUAUCGGAAUGUAGGAAACCCCUUGGCCCACUACGAUGGCACUGGGAAGGAGAUCAUGGAACAGUGUUCAGGAAAGGUGGAUGUCAUUGUCAUGAGCUCAGGCACUGGAGGCACUAUUACAGGUGUGGGUCGUUACUUCAAAGACAACGCCCCUCAUGUGAAAAUCGUGGGGGCGGACCCCUUCGGAUCCAUUCUGGCAGUACCACCUGAACUGAACAAAACAGAUGUAGACUUCUAUGAAGUGGAAGGGAUUGGUUAUGACUUUAUCCCUACUGUUUUAG